AUUGAACACAGUGCUGCUCACCUUCUUCACUGGCACAGGGAGGGGUAAAGUUAUGGGGAGACAGGGCUGCUGCUGACUCUUUUGUUGUCAAAUCUGCCAGCGCAACUUGUGGAGCUCCGCGCACAAAGAGGAACCCCAACAACUCCCGGAUCGAGUGUACAUUCACCUUUUCCUAAGUCCCUCACGUCUUCACCCGCACGAUACUUCUUCCGAAGGCAGAAGGAGGGGGGAUAUACGGUUUCUCUCGGACAAUGGAAACUCAAUCAGGAAAUGGAGAAGGGGUGGUGAGCUCAGCGUCCUCGAGCAUCCACUCCCAAGGUCAACGUGGGCCACAGGUAGAGGCAUCAGAAGAUCCGGUGCUCAAAGAGGACCUGCAAGCGGCCAAGCGGAUUGAGAGGUUUGACAUCCCGCUUGACAGUCUGAAGAGGAUGUUCGAGAAGUCAACCGAGCUGACAAGCGUCCAUGUGUCACCAUCCAAGCGAGUGACAUCCAGAAGUCUUGCCGUGCCUGACCAACCAAAAGAAAAGACAAUGGCCUUAUUUCAGGAUGACACUUUUUGCGCGGAAAAAGACCUCAUCCAGGUGAGCCAGACCUGUGACGCUGAUGACCGUGAGACCAGCGAGUCUGUGUCUCUGAAAGAGCGGCUGGCCAUGUAUCAGGCUGCGGUGUCUCACAAAGAAAGCAGCACUUCCUCCUCUGCAGCGGUAAUGGACGAGUCUGAGGCCUGUUCACUGCCUGGUGGUCUGGCCAGUGUGAAGAAACAGUUUGAGAACCAGGAGUUUGCCUCGUCAUCCUCCCAGUCCAGCAGCACCCAAGUGCAUUUUCAGCAAAGAUCAGUCCAGGAGGUGUCCCAUUCCUCAGAGGUGACGGUGAGAAGCAGUGUCAGAGAGGUCGCCCCCUCCACAGCCGUCUUUCACAACCUGCAAGGGGUGAUUCAUGAUGAGAGAGUGCACCACAACAACGUGGCCACGAUUCACGGAAACCAUUACAAUGAAACAGUUAUGCUCGCCGGAGGAGAGGACCUACCGAAGGUUUCCACACAGGCUUUGAAGCAGCAGUAUGAAAAAACCAUUGAGGAAGCAACACCAGCAAAUGAAAUUAAGGUCGAUAUGGAUUUAAACCAGUUUCAGUGGACGCCAGUAAGCAAGGUAUCCAAAGCUUCAGCCGUGACCAGCCACGAGUCCUCCUCCUCUGUAAAGGCCACUGCCUCAUCGUCAGUUUCAUCAGCGGCUCAUGAAACAACAGAAUAUUUCCCUCCGCCUCCUCCGAUGAAUCUGCUGGAGGUACCACAGCAGGCCCCUGAGGGCAGUUCCCAACAUAAAACCACUGUUAACAGGGAGCAGUACUUUAAACAUAAGAGCAUGGCUGAACUGAAGCGCCUCUACAAGCACAUUCAUCCAGAGGUCCGCAAGAAUUUGGAAGACGACUACCUCGGUCAGCUUACUGAGGCAGAGCAGGCCUUCUCGGAAAAUAAGGAAGUGGUGGGGGAUGUCCAGCAGGCAUGCUUUAUGUUUGAAAAUGAGGGCUCGAGUAGGAGUACAAGUCCAGACCGAGAAUCUGUGGAGUGGGAUGAGAUCCUUAAAGGCGAAGUAGAAUCCAGGCGCUGGAUGUUUGAAAACAAGCCUCUGGAUACGAUUAAAGAUGACAGUCCCAAUGAGAACGAGGCUAAGAAUAUUGCGCAGCAGGAAAUCAUUGCCGGUAAGGAUGUCAGGUACACAGCAUGGAUGUUUGAGACUCAGCCAAUGGAUGCUCUGGGGAGUGAGACACAAGAUUCUUCUGAGCAGACACAAAAAGUGACUGAUCUUGCAAAAGGUGAUGUCCGUACCGCUACUUGGCUCUUUGAGACACAGCCGCUAGACUAUCUGAAUAAGAUCUACCAAGAUGAUGAACAGGGUGCUGAAGGUGUUAUCACAAAAGACAUCACCGGAGGAGAUGUGAAAACUGCCAGGUAUCUCUUUGAGACCCAGCAUCUUGAUUCCCUGGGCAAAACUGAAACCAUUGAGGAGGGUCACUUUCUCAGCCUGAAGUCUGAGCUAGAAGAGUUUAAAGGGGAUGUGAAGACCACCACACGCAAGUUUGAGACUUUGCCCAUGUGUGUCAUCAGGGGGGAUUCUGGAGAGAUGCUGGAGAUCACUACCAUUCGCAGGGAGGAGACUGAGAAAGGAGAUGUGAAGACGUCACGCUGGAUGUUUGAAACCCAGCCCCUAGAUGCAAUUAACAAAGACCUUGCUAACAUAAAGCUUAUAUGUGGUAUUUCCAUGGAGGACAACAUUCAAGGCGGAGUCAACAAAGGGAGAUGGCUUUUCGAGACAAAGACUCUGGACACCAUCAAAGACGAGGAGUGGGAGAGUUCCAGGAAACAAAAGGAAGAGAUCAUUGGAGCUGAUGUCAGAAAACACUGCCUGGUUUUUGAAACUCAACCUAUGGAUAUGCUGAAGGAUAACGCCAAUGCUAGACCUGUUCCCUCUGAGGAGAUUGUAGGAGGUGAUGUGAGCUCAGCAAAACACCUGUUUGAAACCGUGCCCAUGGAAAAUCUCAAAGAGCUGAUGGAGGUGGGAAAACUUCAGAAAAUGAUGGCAACUGAAGAAGAAAAAGGUGACGUGAGACACCAAAAGUGGGUAUUUGAAAGCCAGCCUUUGGAAAGUAUAAGAGAGGAGAAGAAAGAAAUUCUGAAAACUGUGAACAUUGAAGCUCUGGAUAAAGGAGAUGUGACAAAUUAUAAGGAAAAGUUCGAAUGUAUGGAUUUAAGUAAAUGUGAAGGGGCACAAAAAAUUCAAGUUGAGGGUGUCACAAGUGGCUCUGUGGAAUCCAACAGAGUUCUUUUUGAAUCUACCCCUAUGUACGCCAUGCAAGACAGCUCUGGCCACUACCAUGAGGUGAAGACUGUAACGCGAGAGGAGAUUGUCAAGGGAGAUGUGCGCAGCUGCAGAUGGAUGUUUGAAACACGACCUAUCGAUGAGUUUGAUGACAGCAUCAAAAAGUUUCAGCUCAUCAAAGGAAUAUCCAAACAAGAGAUCGAAUCAGGGGAUGUCAAGACGGCCAAAUGGCUAUUUGAAACUCAGCAGCUUGAUGCCAUUAAACAUGUUGACAGUGAAGAAAAGGAGAGCAAAGAGGAGACUGAAAUUGAGAGAGGGGAUGUUAAGACUUGCAGGUGGCUAUUUGAGACACAACCGAUGGAUGUCCUAUAUGAAAAGGUGGAGAAGAGUGAGGCAAAUGUUCAGGAGGUGCAGAAAGGUGAUGUCAAAACGUGCACCUGGCUCUUUGAGACCCAGAGUCUUGACAACAUACGUGACCAUACUGAGUCAGAGUCUGAGACUGUUUUAAAAACCUGCACUGUAAAUCAAGACGAUAUCCAGGGAAAAGACGUGCGGCUGGCCCGCUUCCUUUUUGAGACAGAGAAUCUGGAAAACAUCACUGGCGAGGACAGCAGUUCUUUCAGGAGAGUCACGGAAAUUGACAUCCAGUCGGGUGAUGUUUCCAAAAUGAAGUACAUUUUUGAGAAUCGCUCAUCAGACAUUAUGACUUCCACCUCGGAGGAAACAAUGCAGCGGCUAAAGAUGGAGCAGGCUGAAGACAUCCAGAGGGGCAACGUAGUCAACUGCACCUGGAUGUUUGAGAAUCACCCAAUUGAUGCCAUCCGUGAGGAAUCCAAAGAGGAGAGAGAAAUUAGAACGGUCACUGACGUCCAAGGGGGAAACGUUGACAAAGGCCGUUUUAUUUUUGAAACAUUCUCUCUGGAUCAAAUUAAAGAUGAAACCUCAGAGUCUGAUGUUACAAAGCUCACGAGCAUCUUUAGAGAGGAGGUCGAAAAGGGAGAUGUUAAAAACUACACCAUGAUGUUUGAGACUCAACCCCUCUACGCUAUUCGUGACAAAGAAGGCCAUUACCAUGAAGUCACUACAGUCACCAAGGAAGAGAUCAUGAGAGGAGAUGUGGUGGGAGCCAGAUGGCUGUUUGAGACUAAACCUCUAGAUUCUAUAAGAGACUCAGAGGAGGUUUAUGUGAUAAAAGCUGUUACUGAAGAAGGCGUCAACAAAGGAGAUGUCAGCUCUGCCAGAUGGAGAUUUGAAACACAACCUCUAGAUGAAAUCACAGAGGAAAUAAAAAUAACAGCAAAAACAGUUGCAGACAUCCAAGGAGGUGAUGUGAAGACAAACAAGCAUAGAUUCGAGACAGAGGAGAUGUCGCAGAAGUACAUCAGAACGGUCAGUGUCAGCGAAAUCCAAAAGGGGGACGUCAGAUCGGCUACGUGGAUGUUUGAAACCCACGCAAUUGAUGAGAUUGGCGGUGAAGGAGCAGAGUAUGACGGUAUGGAGAAAGUGACAAAAGAGGAGGUAAUGAAAGGCGAUGUCAAGCAGUCUGUUUGGCUCUUUGAGAAGCAGCCUCUUGAUAGCAUCAAAGAUACAGAUAGCACAGAGCUGCGGGUCGAAAAGGAGGAAAUCCCACAGGGUGAUGUAAAAACAACAACAUGGCUCUUUGAAACAACGCCUUUCCAUGCAUUCAACGAGAGCAGUGUGGAAAAACAAAAUAUAAUCGGUAAAAGCAUUAAAGAUACACUUGAGGAACUGUACAGUCAGAAAAUGGUCAACUCACAAGGUGUCCUCAUUGAGGCAGAUGAAAUUGGGGAUGUUCGCAUGGCCAAGUACAAGCUGAUGAACCAAGAGACCCCGGAAAUCCAAAAAGAAGAAAUUAUCCGUGGGGACCUGAGCAACAUCAUGAUGAACCUCCUGAAUCGCAGGGAGACCACAGAGAGGGCGAUCAUCAUCGACAAGGAAGAGCGGGGCAACAUCAACACCACAGUGGAGCAACUGUUCAACCAAGAGAGGGGUAGCAACGUUGAAAAAGAGGAAAUCCUCCAUGGGGACAUUCAGGAAGCCAUAAAUAGCCUGCUUAGGAAUGAGAGUUCUUCGAAACGUGGUAUUCUGAUUCAGGAAGAUGAGAAAGGAGAUGUGAGGAUGACAAUCUAUUCCUUAUUAAAUAAAGAGGAGCGAGCCAGCAUGGAGAAAGAAGAUAUAAUUCAAGGCAAUGUUAGCAAAACGCUUCAUCGCCUCCUCUCCAACUCGGGGGCAGAAGACUCUAAAAAGAUAAGGGUAGGAGACACAGAACGGGGCAAUGUCAGCUUUUACUCCACAUGCAUUGAGUCUGGAGCCUUGGAGUACUUGAAGCAGCUUCAGUGUGAAACAGACGAGACAGUUCAAGCGGUGGAAAAGGAGCGUAUCAUUGGUGGGGAUAUUGAGGAAACCAAAAUCUUACUUAGGAAGAAUCAACAGGAGAUAGGUCGCACUGUGGCAAAAGAUGAUAUAGUUCCCGGUGAUGUAUGCAGCAUUGUUCAAGUCUUCAUGACGGAGCCCACUGUUACUUUCCGAAACCUAGAGAGUCAGGAUAUUGUUAAAGGUGACCUUAAUGCAGCCUUGGAUUCGCUGAGCCAAGCCAUCAAUCAGAAAGUUGUGCUAGACAAAGAGGAGGUAGUGAAAGGAGACAUACCCACAACUUUGAGAUCUCUGGAGGAGGCUCAGUAUCAGUCCAAAGAAAUGGAAAAGCCAGAAAUCAUCCGAGGAGACAUUAGAAGUGCUCUUGAGUCACUGGAGAAGUCGGCAACCAUGAAAACUGAAGUGACUGUUGAAGAUUUAGUCCCAGGUGACAUCAGAGGAACCCUAAAGUCCCUUGAGGAGGCCAAACGAGCAGUGAAGGAAGUUGAACGAGAGGAGAUUGUCAGAGGAGAUAUCCACACUGCCAUGCAAUGUUUACAUGAUGCAUCCAGUGAGAAAAAAAUAUACCAGCAUCAAGUGAGUGAACAAGGGGAUGUUAAAGGCACCAUCCAGCUCCUCCUUGAGCCGACAUCUAGCCCGCGGAUGCAGCGCCGAGGGAGCAUUGAGGGAGAUGUGAAAACAUCCAUAAAAUCACUGUAUGAAGGACAGGAAACAACAUUUGUGGAUAAAGAGGAAGUCGUGAAAGGGGACGUUCAAGGGGCGAUAAAGUGCCUCAUGCAAAAAAAACAUUAUUCAAAGCCAAAACGCAUCCACUCUCCCAAGAAAGCUAAGGCUCCACAGAAAAAUCCAUUAACUGUAAAUCAAGUGGAGCAUGAGCGCUUGCAUGAAGAAAACAGUGCUAGCAUAACAGCCAAUUCAGACACGGCUGUAAAAAAUUACUCUCAAAACUGUGAGUCACAGAAGCACAAUGAAAGCAAACUAGUGAAAACACAGGUGAUUACCAACGAGACCUCUGCGACUGGAGCCAAAACAGAAAAUUCUGCUGGGGCCUCUCAACAAAAGAGCAUAAAAGAAGAAAAGCCCAAAGUGCUGCUCCCACAGAAAACACAAUCCCAAAAGCCCAUUAUGAUCAUGACUAAACAAACAGGUAAUUACGAGCAAGCAAAAUCUAAAUCCGCUGAUGUGAAUGCAAUUAAAGAGGCACACAACUCAUUGCAGAGAAAUACAUCAAACAAGCAAAUACGCGAAACAAAAACAGUCAAACAGGUACAGACGACAGUUGUGCAGAAAACGUUCUCUCACAGAGAAAACGUCACAAUAUCUGAACAGAGCUCCACAUCUAAAAAUCAAAUUGAGAAUAAGGCUCUCACACAAAAGCAAAGCAUCAAAAAUGCGAAGGCUGGUUCUCGUAACCUUGACAUGAUGGCACGGGGCGUAAUCAACAAGGGGAAGCCGGAACUUCACUUCCCUCCACCUCCCUCAUCACCACCUCCUUCCUCAGAGUCUGAGCUUUCCCUCCCUCCACCGCCAUCUCCAAUCUUGGAAAGCCCAGCACCUCUCUCGUCUCGAACUUCCACUGUGACACAGGAGAGUGAACUCCCACCACCCCCGCCACCACCUCCUCCCGAAUGUGUAAAGUCAGAGCCUGAAUUUUUUCCGCCUCCUCCACCACCACCCUCUUGGUCUGGACAAGAUUUCCUUCCUCCACCACCUUCCCAGGAAGAACUUAGUGCAAUUCCGCAACCUCGUCCUGCAAACCCAGGGAAACCCAUUGGCAAGCCUUUGUUUAAAGUGCCCAAACAACAAGAAGCACCAAAGCCUGUGCCGGUUAAACCGAAAUGGCAAAAAAACCUGCAGAAUCCUCUGCAGAGACCCACUCAGCUCCGCCUUGACCAGGAAACAACAACAAAAGCCGCAACAACACUUCAAGAAGGUAUAACACGGACAAGCCAGCAGAUUGAAGCAGACACUCAUAUUCAGUCAGACACAAAAAUACAAAGCCUCUCUUCUGCUGGACUAAUGCACAAAGAAAAUCCGCAGCCACCGAAAAAAAUAUUUCCUCCCCCCAUUAAGUUGCCUCCACCACCUGAACCUGCUCCUGAGCCAAAGCCCAGGCCGUAUGCUCGCAAAUUUAAAACUCCCUUAAUGCUUGCAGAGGAGAAAUACCGUCAGCAGAGAAUGGAAAAAGAAGAAACAGAGAGAAGUACAGUCACAACUCCCACAUCUCCUCCAGUUAAUCCACAAGCCCCCUCCAAAAUUGACAGUCUGCAGCCUUCCGCAUCAAGUAGGACUGAAAAAAUAGAGACCCCAGAAGCGACAAAAGGAAAUGUACACAUUUCCAAAGAAGAAACAUCAGCACAUGUCAGCACCAAGAAAAUCCCAUCUCAGAGUCCUCGGAGCAAGCCUUUGAUUUCAGUGGUAAAUCGGGAUGUUGGUCCAGGAUAUUCCAAUAUUUCCUUGGAUAACCAACAAAAAGCACUCACCUCAAAAGUCAGCAUAAAGAAUCAGGCAGCACCUGCACUUAAGACUCAGCCUUUUCCUACCGAGCACCAACCCUCCAAUGUUAAAGUUCAGUCAUGCUCUAAUGUUGUCACCUCUUCAGUCACUGAGCAGCAGCAGUUUAUUAAGCAGGCCAGGGUCAAUACUGUCUCUGUCACACAGAGCGCAAUGUCUAAAGAAAAUAUAAAUGUCCAAGGGCAGGCUGGAGCUUCACUGAAAGCUGAGGAUGUGAAAAAUGUCAAUGUGGCUUUGACAAAAGAAGGCAAAAUCCCCCCCUCUCCACCCACUAAAAUUCCGAAGGUAACUCCCAGUUUCAAGGUCAGAACCUUUAAGAUGCCGGCAGAGAAAAAAGAUGAGAAGCAUGACAUGUCGGGCCAAAUAGAGGCAAUGAAAAGUGACAUCCACUUGCAGCAGCAGACAAGCAAUCUGUCACAGAGGAGUGAAGCAAAAGUAACCCAAGAAAGCAGCCAGGUGACAUCAUCCACAGCAGAAGUUAAAGUAAGAGAGAUACAAAAGCAAGUGCCCAUGAAGGAAGAAGGUCACAUGAAAAGUGGAAAGCUUGUGCAAAUGAAUGAAUCGAAAGAAACCCCGACACCAGCAGUAACUGUUUUAAUGCCUAAAAAGGCUAAGAUAACAUCUACAGCAGCUUCUGCAGCCCAUAUUCAGCAGAGCAUGAGGGCAGAGCAGGUCCAAAAACAACAGGAAGUGGUUGUGACAGAAAGGGUGGUGCAGCAUAGCUCUGAGAGGCAUGAAGCUGCACAUAUGCAUCAAAAGCAAAUUCAGCGACAAGCGGCAGAGGCAAAUAAAAUGCAGACAGCACUGGGGAAGUCAACAAGUGAGUUUAAGAGCGUAUCCACCAAAAAGGAGGCCCAUUCAGAGGAAGUCCAACAAUCAGACAAAUGCCAGGACAUGAAGAAGCUGCUCACUCAAAUGGAAGAACUUGAAGGCACACCAAGCAAGAUUGACUCCGUCACUGUCAGCAUGAUUGUAAGUGAUCUCCCUGACUGGCUGGUUGGCUCAGAUGAGAGAAAGAAUUUAAGCGGACUCGCUAAACAGUCAAAUAAGAAAAAGCUGAAAGAGAUGCUGGUUUAUUUGAAGAAUAUUAUUCAAGUUAAGCACAAAAAUCUGGAGGAGAAGCUGACAACCGUGGAAGUAAAAGGAAAGGAGGUGUCGCCAGCACCUCCCAAAGUGCUCCCAAAACCAGACAAGAAGGUUUUCAGCGGUGUGGCUACCAAUGUAUCAAAAAUCAGCAUGGGUUCAUCCAAAACUGAAAAGAGGGGGUCUGAAGAAAAAAAGUCACUUCAAGAGAGAAAAGUUCAUGAGCUGAGUGAAGCAGCAGAUCAGAGAGUGCACUCCCCACUGGCUAGCAUUCGCACCCCCUCUCCCACCUUCAUUAGUAUCGAAUCGAGGAGGAUAGAGUCACCGCUCAGAGGCACUCCGUCACCUCCGCCUUACAAGUCUUUUGGGACGCCGCCGCCUGCACCUCGCAAGCAGUACACAACCACGACCACCUUCAGGGCCACGCCAUCCCCCACCAUGAGCCGCUCAGAGAAGCUGAUGAAACUGAAAGACACUACUUCAAAGCUUUCUCGUAACCUCACCCCUCCACCUCCCAUGGUGGCACCAGAGUUGAUUGCAAGUGCCGAAGCGCAAUCUUCUUCAUCUAUUGGACUGGCCACUCCCACCAUGAGAAAUAAGCCGGGACUGGUGGAUACAGAGGAAACGGGCGACUCCAUGAUGACAGUCAAAGACAAAAAGUAUUUCUUUGAGGAGGCACAGAAAGCAGAAGUAAACAAGUUAUACCUUCGAAAGGAUCCGAUUGAUAUCCCUGAACGCCUUGAAGCUGAUACUGAGGAGAGUGCGGGAGUUUUGAUUCCAGACAUCCCAAAAGAGGACCUUCCAAGAGUAGACAUGACUAAGCUGGUAAACAGAUUUGAAUCUCCACAACCAACAGUCUACGCCAGGAAAGAGCCAAUUGUCAUCACAGAGAGACUGGGGAGCGAUACUGAGGAUGCAGAGGCCGACCUGCACACACCGCGAACAGAAGAACCGCCGACGUUCAACGUCAAAGCCAUAAAGAAUGUGUUCGAAAGUGGUGAGCACAGUUCUCAGGCAGCCCGAGAGCUGCGAGAACAAAUUGAGAAAAGGGAACCAGACUUUCCUCAUGUUAAGGCGGUGGGACAGUCUGAAAUGUCCUCAGUCACUGAGCGGUUCUGCAGCAUUGAUGACUUUGGGAACAUGAUGAGCAGUGAGGUGCAUUCUGGGAGUUCUGUGACCCGCGGCAACCCUCCGUCCUACGCUGAUGUGGUGAGAGGCAGAGUCCCAACAGUUGCCGUGCCCCUCGAAGCCUCCACCGAGGAGCUGCUGAGAAACUUCCAACAGUCUUGGGCCGAGAGCCAAGGAAACUUCCAGAAUGUGGGCUUCAGUGUCACGGAACACAGAAGUUCACAGAUUGUCACUCACCAACAAGAGACUGUCAUGAUGGAAGAUUCGAGUUCCAGACAGCGAACUGUGCAGGGUGUGUCGGAAGAGGGUGUACCCCAUGGAAUCUCUGAUUGCAGACAAGCAAAACUUCCAUAAAAGCUGUUUUCGCUGCGAACACUGCAGAGGCAAACUGAGUCUUGGCAACUACGCCUCUCUCCAUGGACGGAUGUAUUGCACACCACACUACAAGCAACUGUUUAAGUCGAAAGGAAAUUACGACGAAGGCUUCGGACAAAAACCACAUAAAGAACUAUGGAGCAGCAAAAAGCAAAAGGAUUC